CCAGCUUCUUCACGUUGAAAUCCAUGAUGUUCAUGCCGGGCGGCAGCGGGCCAGGGCCGCCGGCGGGGCUCGCGGGGAGGCGGGGGGCGCCGCGGCGGGGCUGGGGCGCCGGGCGACGGCGGGGCGGACGUGGGAGGCGGCGGGAGGCGGCGCCAGCCCCGCGCAGCUGUCGUUUCCUGAGGGGCGGGAGGAGGCGGAGGGUGUGGCCGGGCCGGAGAGCCCGCGUCCCCGAGCGCGCGCGCGCGCGCCCCCGGCCGGCCUGUCGCGUCGCCCAGCCGCCGCCGCCGCCGUCGGGAUGCGGGCCGCGCCGGGAGACACCCACCGCAACCCCGCGGCUCCUCAGCGGCGGAAACCGGCCGGCCCCGGGGGGCGUGGCCUCAGCCGGCCGGCGGGCCCGCGGGAACAGCGACCCCUGCAGGGCGGCCGAGGACCCACCACCGGGCGGAGUCGCUGUAGAGGGUCUCGCGGGAACAGCGACCCCUGCAGGGCGGCUGAAGCCCCUUGUCCGGGGGAGCUCCUGGCUGACGCUCUCGGAACAGCGACCCCUGGAGGUCACUAGGGACUAAUCCUAGGGUCAGAGCAUCCGCAGCAGUCCUUACACGGAGCCUUCUGGGCUGCCGUGCACCCCACCCUGGUUCUCCCGGGGAGCCUCAAAAUGCUUUGACUCAUCCAGAUCAGAAUGUUAUUAAAUGCUGGAACUCUGAGUCCAUGACCCGUGUUCAAAGCUAAAUGAACAGGAUGGAAAGCAUCCAGGAAAUAUGGCAGGAGAGGAGGUGGGAAGAAAGUAAGAGCUGGAGCCAGUCCUCUGGAUAUGACGUGGCCAUCGCACUCAUGAGCUCACAUCGGCUGACAAGGUCAGGUCCAUCAGCAUUUCAGUAUGGGUGGGGGAGGGCUCAUGAGGAGCUAUGGGGGCUG